AGUGUUAAAUGUAAUCUAAAUCCCUUUAAAAUCUAAAUCUCUUUUUAAUAAGAAAAAUUGAGUUGUGUCAGAAAGGGAAAAAAAACUCGAGCAUAACCUCAAAAAAUUUUGUCAUUUGCAGGGUGUGUGCCAUCGUUAGUUAAUCGGGUUUUAAAUAGUUACUAAUUGAGGUGUUUUUAUUUUCUGCGGAAAUUAGAAAAUAAGCGUUUUUGGAGGGACAUUUAGGUUAAAAUCUGGAUGUUAUACGUCAGUUAUUUUAUCUGUCAAAUGGCAUUUAUGGUGUUAAAACUCUGCAGUGUGGAAUGUCAAACAACUGCAGUUCAUAUGCGGUUAAAUUUGUAAAAUUCACCCGAUUCUAUGAGAAUUAUCACUAAUUAACCCACACCACACGGUCCAGUGAAACUUCAAUAUUGUAAAUGCAAGUACUUAUUUAAAUAAACCCCAGCUUUUUUUUAUUUUUUUUAUUUGAGUACUUUAAUUGGAACGUUAGAUCUCACAAUGUUGUAUAUUAAGUAAACGAAAAAUAUCUCUGAAAUAUGAUUCUCUACGAAACAUAAACAAAAAAUAAAAUAUGUUUAAUAUUAAAAACAUUGACAUUCCAUAAAUAAUAAAAUAAAGAAAAGAAAAAGCUUUAUUUCUGUAACAAAUUUUAAAUUUUAACGAAAAACCUAAAAACAAAGUUAAAAAUGACUGAUUUAAAUGACAAAAUAGCGUUACAAGAGCAGGAAAUUUCCGAUCUCAAACUACAACUGAAUCAAUAUCAACAAGGUAGAGCAACAUUGGACUUACAACUCCGUCAAAAAGAAGAGGUGAUUAUUAAAACUGAAGCGGAAGCUCAACGAAAAGAAAUGCAAUACAAACAGGAAAUUCGCCAGCUUAAAGAAAAAUUGGAGGCGCAGAGUGAAGUAAAAGAAGACGACGAUGUAAAAGUGUUAAAAGAAAAUCUUGAUAAAAUGAAAAUUCGCGAAGAAAAAUUAUUGGAUCAACUAAAUAAAUUAAGCACAGAAGAGGACGGUUUUAAACAAGUAAUGGAUGAGUAUGAAAAAACUAUAAGCGAACAAGUUUCGGAAAUAGAAAAAUUAAAAAAAGAACACGAAACGGCAAAAAGGCAUUUAGCAACUCUCGAAAUAGCUUUCUCCGAUGUACACCAAAAAUAUGAACGUAGUAAAGGGAUUAUUGAAGGUUAUAAACACAACGAGGAAAUGUUACAACAAAGUUUAAUGUUGGCUAAUGAAAAUAUUAGAAAAAAUGAGGAUAAAUAUGAAUCGUUAAAAGCCCACGCUAAAGCGCAAAUUGAUAAAUCGAAUCGUGAAUUGAAUUCGUCCAGGGAACGAUAUCAAGGUGAAUUACAUAAAUUAUCGGCGAUAGUAAAACGGUUGGAAAUAAAAAAUUCGUCGCUUGCGAAUGCUUUGGAACAAAAAACGAAAGAAUGCGCCGAAUUGGCCGCUUUAUGCGAUGAAGUAACCGGAAGAGUUGAAUAAAAGCUUUUUUUUUGAUGCAAUAUGUUUCUAUUAAAAAAAAAACUUAGAAACUGGUACAU